UCAACUACAGCAUGUUCUUUCGACGUGUUACAGACUAUCCUGAACUCGAUGCACAAAUAUCAACCAAGGUUCCAUCUGGUGAGAGCUAACGAUAUUCUGAAGCUCCCUUACAGCACUUUUCGUACAUACGUUUUCAAGGAGACAGAAUUCAUAGCGGUCACAGCCUACCAGAACGAGAAGAUUACGCAGCUGAAAAUCGACAACAAUCCCUUCGCAAAGGGGUUCAGGGACACAGGCGCUGGAAAACGAGAGAAAAAAAGACAGGCGCUGUUGGCCGCUCAGAGGCACCAGGACGAGCAGAGAUUGGCAGAGCACCACGGUGGCAGCAAGCACGCCAGGGGGCCAGCGUCCGUGCCUCCCGACACACAACACCACCAUCACCGUGCCGGAGACCCUGACGAGGAGAAACUACUGGACGUGGUUGGCACAUCCGACCUGCCUCUGCACCCUCAUCUGCCACACCCCCUCUCGGCACAUCACCACCACCCCCACUCAGCGUGGUUUUCUUUGUCCGCAGCGGCCGCAGCUGCAAGCUCAGAUUCACUGGCUGCAGAGGAAGCUAUGCGUCGCCGACUGCAAGGACCGCAGACCCAGGAUGACAGCGAGAGAGACGCCAACAGCGAUAACAGUAGCUGUUCGGAGUCGGUAGGUGCCGGCAGCACCUCCACAACAGCCUUCAGACCUUCUGCCAGCACGUCGCCGAGGCCUAAGGAUACACUGAGCUCCACUGCUGGUCCUUCCGGCCAGCAACACUCCACAACCACCGAGUACCCCUCGCCGAACAUCUCGGUGGGACCUCCCAUACACCCCCCACCACACUUACUUCCAUAUCUAUACCCGCAUGGGUUGUACCCUGGCGCCUCAGGAGGUCAUCCUCUUCUAGCACCAGGACCUCCUCUGUCGUUAUUCACAGGUGCUGCGGCUGGACAUGGGGGCCAUGGAAUGAAUCCUAGUUUGCUGUUCAACGCGCAGCUUGCGUUAGCGGCUCAGCAUCCUGCACUCUUCAGCCACGCAGCUGCGUACACAGCUGCAGGGCUGACACAUCCUCACCAUCCCCACCACAUCACCGCUUCGGGGUCACCCACAGGCGCCUUGCAUCACCAGCUGAAGGCAGGAGUCCACCGUUUUACGCCUUACACCCUACCUGUUGUCCCUACGUCAAACUCGCUAGGAGGCUCGCCUCUAGGGUCUGCAUUUGAGACGGUUACGCCAGGCUCUCUGCACAAUAGCCACAGCAACGCGACGCUGCCCAGUGCAGGUAGCAGAAGUCUAAGUAACAGCCCCACACCUUCUGGGAACAAGCCAUCCGUCACAUCUCCGCCCCCACCACCAUUAUCAGGAUCUCCACCCUCCUCGGGAGAUGUGACACCCGCUAUAGCAAAUUCUACUCCCCCAACUGGUAGCAGUUCCACAACAGCCAGUGAACUAAAGAGUAUCGAGAAGAUGGUGAAUGGACUGGAAGUCAAACCGAACGCCAACAGUGACCAUGUGACGUCACCGAAUAAGUGCAGUGACGACAUAAAAUGAGGGGAGUUGGAGGGGGGAGUCGUACUCCUUGGACGAUGAGAAUGUUGACGUCACGCCAUAAUCCUCCCUCCUCUGUAUUUCUCUUGUUUCUUUUCAGAAAAUGAAAUGAAAAAAAUAACUAUGUUGCUGGCUUAUAGAUAGUCGUCACCACCGCCAUUUUUGGGAAGUGCAACACACGAAACAAUCGAUUGUCGAGUGUGAAGUAAACACUGAAUAUAUGAACGAGUAAGUAAUUUCUGUAAAUAAGUAAGACAAAACAAAAUUUAAAAAAAUAACAAAUAAGAUAUUAUAAAUUAUGUACUAUAGAUUGAACUAUGUGUAAAAGUACGCGCUGUUCGGAUUUUAUUUAUACCAAAGAGUAUGUUUGUUUAUAUAACACAGACUGUGUUUUGUUUCGUCAGUUACUCAUGUCCAAUCUCUACUGACAUACUAGCCCCUGUAUGUUAUGUGUAUAGAUAAUUAAUACGAGAUUAAAAUGUAAAAGAAAAACAUACUUCUGCGACUAGAAGUGACGAACUUCAUGCUGUGAGGUACAGUUCUUCUGACAGAUUAAGACGAGAUUUGGCGACAAAUGUAACGUUUCCUGCCUAAUUAACCCACCUCUACCGCCAAUUCAGUGCAGUUACCCUUCUUUUAUUUAUUUACUUAUUUCUGGUUUAUUUAACGCGGCUGCCUGUAACUCAGAUUAUACAUCGCGUUGAAUGAUACGAUAGUCGAUAACUUUAAUGCUCGAUUCCUCAAUGCAAACAAAAUUUCACUUUUUGUUUAAGCAAUUAUUGAUAUUUCAUUGUACUUUACAGUAAAGUAAAAAAACGUUUGUCCCACUAUA